UCACGCCAUCCGCCUGCUCCUGGAAUACACAGAAACAAGCUAUGAGGAGAAGAGAUACGCCAUGGGCGACGCUCCCGACUAUGACAGAAGCCAGUGGCUGAAUGAGAAGUUCAAACUGGGCCUGGACUUUCCCAAUCUGCCCUACUUAAUUGAUGGGUCACACAAGGUCACCCAGAGCAAUGCCAUCCUGCGCUACCUUGGUCGCAAGCACAACCUGUGUGGGGAGACAGAGGAGGAGAGGAUUCGUGUGGACAUUUUGGAGAAACAGGUCAUGGACACCCGCAUUCAGAUGGGCACACUCUGCUACAGCCCUGACUUUGAGAAACGGAAGCCUGAGUUCUUGAAGGGCCUCCCAGAUCAGCUGAAGCUGUACUCCGAGUUCCUGGGGAAGCAGCCAUGGUUUGCAGGGGACAAGAUCACCUUUGCAGAUUUCCUUGUCUAUGAUGUCCUUGAUCAGCACCGAAUGUUUGAACCCAAGUGCCUGGACGCCUUCCCAAACCUGAUGGAAUUCGUGGCCCGCUUUGAGGGCCUGAAGAAGAUCUCUGCCUAUAUGAAGACCAGCCGCUUCCUUCCAAGUCCUGUGUACUUAAAACAGGCCACGUGGGGCAACAAGUAG